CUGAAUCUCAGGAGUAGGUCUAAAAGAACUACACUUCCCAAAGUGCACCAGCAGCAGCAAACUGGCUGCUUAUGACCAGAUCAGUCAUUGUCACUGAUUGAAAGCACCUGUAAAAACAUGGAGGUUAUCAUUCAUUUAAACAAAGAAACUUCAGAGAGAAGACACUCCAAGUUCACUCUAAGGUUCAAUCCCAAGACGCCAAUGGUCUAAACAAGGGGCCUCUUUGAGGAUGUGUUUGCCCAGCUCGCCCAUAAUGAGCACAGCUCAAGGGAUAAUGCUGUAGAAAGAAAACUGCAUUCACCUGCUACAGCUUCCUCAUUAGCAUGGCCCUGCCUGCCCAUGAUGGAGUCAUAUUGUGUGGUGCAAGUCAUGACAAGAUCUCCUUAAGGUCACCAUGAACCUAUCUUUCAGACAAUGGAGGUCCAGGAAAGGAAAAACAAGGAGUCCUGGUGGGGCUGCUGAGGGCUGUCCCCGCUCCCUGGCGUGCACCCAGGACCAGGCAGGGAGACGAUGCUGGUAGAUUCCAGAUCAGCAAGCCGUGAGUGAAGGAGCUGUUGCCGUCUGAGGAUAUCAUCCAGCAUGCUCUCUAUAGCACAGCAUUCUGCCUUGAUGUUGGACAGAUCGGGACCCAUCGGUGUACAGUGAGGAGUACUGAUGUAAAUGGAGAAGCAGCAGUAUCACCAAGAGAAACUGGACAUCAAUACACUUCUCUCUAAAGUAAUCCAUUACUGACAAUUAAUGUCAAACUGCCCGCUGGAGCAGCUUAAUGCUGCCUCGCUGGGUGAAACACUGCUAAUGGAAAGAAAGCCUUAUAAGAUCCAGCUCAAAAUACACCUAAAUGCAGCAUAAUGCCUUCAAAAGUGUCAUGUUUAUACCUGUUGACAGUGGUCUGCUGGGCGAGCGCUUUGUGGUACUUGAGCAUAUCUCGCCCAACAACCACUUAUGUCGGCCACAUGUCCUUGCCUAUACGUAAGACUGUAAAACCCCACAAAAACAUUACCUUCGACAACAUCCGAACCCGCCCCCUGAACCCACAUGCCUUUGAAUUUGUCAUCAGUGAGCCGAAGAAGUGCGAAAGCGUCACCCCCUUUCUGGUCAUCCUCAUUAGCACCACGCACAAGGAGUUUGAUGCGCGGCAGGCCAUCCGGGAGACCUGGGGGGAUGAGAGCACCUUCGGCGAGAUCCGCAUCCUCACCAUCUUUCUGCUGGGCAGGAACACGGACGCCGUCCUGAACCAGAUGGUGGAGCAGGAGAGCCAGAUCUUCCAUGACAUUGUGGUGGAGAACUUUAUUGAUUCCUACCACAACCUCACCCUCAAGACCAUGAUGGGCAUGCGCUGGGUAGCUACCUUCUGCCCCAAAGCGCAGUAUGUCAUGAAGACAGACAGCGACAUCUUUGUCAACAUGGACAAUCUGAUCUACAAGCUCCUCAAGCCCACCACCAAGCCAAGAAGGAGAUAUUUUACUGGCUAUGUUAUAAACGGUGGUCCCAUAAGGGAUAUGCGCAGCAAGUGGUACAUGUCCAGGGACUUGUAUCCUGAGAGUAAAUACCCACCUUUCUGCUCGGGCACUGGCUAUGUGUUCUCAGCAGACGUAGCUGAGCUAAUCUACAAGACAUCAUUACACACAAGACUGUUGCACCUGGAGGAUGUGUAUGUGGGACUGUGUUUGCGUAAGCUGGGUAUACACCCGUAUCAGAACAGUGGUUUUAAUCACUGGAAAAUGGCCUACAGUCUGUGCAGGUAUAGACGGGUUAUCACAGUGCACCAGAUCUCCCCGGAGGAGAUGCACCGCAUUUGGAAUGACAUGUCCAGCAAGAAGCACCUGAGAUGUUAGGGGAAAUGAGAACCACUGAACAAUAACUUAAAUGUUUGGGGUUUUUUGCCUUUUUCUCCAAAUGUCAUCAAACUGAGUAAUGUAUAAACAUUGAGGGCUGCUGCAAGUCUCUAUUUCCUGACAGAUGUUUUCAUUAACAUCCAUAUAUGUCUAUUUCUGCUGAUUACACCUCAUGAUUGUUAAUGAAUGCAUGAGGCUUGUAAAGCGCGUAUUCUCAUGCAUAAUUAAAAUGUGGUGUUGUUACUGAAAGUAAUUUUGUUCAUGUAUUCCAGGUCCAAUUUAAGCAGACUAUUCUUUAUAAGCAUUAAGUCAAUCAGCGUUAAGCGUUAAGUAGUAUGGCCUAAUGAUUAGAGACAGUGUUUCAACCAAAUGACCUUUGUUCAAGCCCGCACUCUGUCAACCUUCUGCCCUGCUAAAGUGUCCUUGAGCAAGACACUGAAUCAAUACCAGCUGCAAGGCUGCUGACUUUACAUCCCAAUCUUCCUGCAGGAGUGCAAGCCAAAGGAGAAUUUCUGUGCAGGAAUCAAUUAUAAGUAUUGAAUUGCUAUAUUACAUCUAUAUUAUUAUACAUUUUAAAAGUAUCAUUUCCAAAUGAAAGAAGAGUUCCUGAACAAUGAGAAUACAAAAGUUAAUCUUAUCCAAAAACAAACCAGAUCGUCAGUUGAGAUAAGUCUGCUGCUCCCCCUUUGUCUUUAUCAUGAACACAGUCAGAUACAAAGCUGAAAAUAAGCUUAUCAGUCUCCAAACAGACAGAAGUUGAAAGAUAAUUUGAUAUUUUUCAAUAGAUAAUGUCUCUAGCAUUGGCAAUAAUGAAACCACACAGCUGAAUUCGCUGGAUGCUAUUUUUUUUAUGAAUUUGCCUGAUAUUUUUGUUUACAUAUUGUCAUCAUUUCACUGCCUCUUCUCUCUGAAAAAGUAUGAUGUAUAUUUUGUUUUUUUUUAGAUGCAUUUACUUUUUCCCCUCUUUGACAUUUUCGUACUUGAGGUAAUCGUGUGUCUCAGCUACGAGCUCCUUACGCCAGCUGCUGCUCUUGGUUAUGUAUGCUGUAUGUCAGUAGCUAUUUCAGCUCAUCAACUCCUCCGCACAUUAAGAGAAAUACAGUAUCAUGUCGUGCAAGUAUGAGUUUAACUGUAGCUAAAACCAUUACAGACUGGAUGUAUUAUCACAUGUAUCUUGCAUAUCAGUGAUUACUGAAGCUCUCCUACUGACAUCAUGGAAAAACUUUGUGUUUUUCAGAAAAUGUGGCUUUCAUGGCCAAAUUUUCAUUUCUUUUUUUCAAAAGUUUUGUAGUAUUAUAAGCUAAUGUGACAUUUACUGUGAAAGCAUCUAUCCCGCAAGGGGAUGUUGUUAUAUAUUAUAUGUUUUUUAUAUUAAAAAACAAAUACUUGAAUAAUUAAAAGUUAUAUUACUGCUUUUA